UGACCCACGGUCAUUGGAUCCUCCUUGAGGACAUAGACUACGCCCCGAUGGAUGUCAUCUCUGUCCUUCUACCGCUCCUAGAAUCAAGGUCUCUAUGUAUCCCGGGCCAUGGUGAUGUCAUCAAGGCUGCUCCAGGAUUUCAGCUCUUUGCUACACAGAGAUUGCUAAGUACCAGUGCGGGACUUCACAGACAGCACGUAUCCCAUGGUGCAAUGCUUGAUCAGCUGUGGACUCGUGUUCGGGUGGAGCCCAUGUCAAGGGAUGAACUACAUCAGGUCAUCACAACUCUGUACCCCAAACUGACCACUGUGGCCAACCGAUUGCUGGACAUCUUUUGUACCUUGACUGCUGGUCACCAGACAUGGCUGGACACUCCGGCAGAAUCCGAGGGCAGCCCUGGCGCUGAUGAAGAUGGAUCAAGUACUGCUGGCGGCAAGAUUGAAUUGGGAUCCCAUGACAGGAGACUGGUUUCUACCAGAGAUCUUAUCAAGUGGUGUGAGAGAAUUGAGAGAGAUUUCCAGAUCAAUUCAUCACAGAGUGCUAACAUGGUCUUUCUUGAGGCUUUAGACUGUUUCUGUGCAGCUCUGACCAACCCUAAGACUCGUAUGGCUGUGGCUGAGCAGAUAGGGGCAAAGCUAAACAUCACCAAGGAGAAGGCUCGCUUCUACUGCUCUACGUACAAACCAAACAUCGAAGAGGGGGACUCUACCAUUACAUCGGGGAGGGCAAUAUUGCAGCAGAAAGAGAGAGACACAUUAAAGAUGACUACUACAUCACAGUUUGCCUUCACCAGACCAGCCGCUGUGCUGGUAGAGCGUGUAGCCUGCUGUAUCGCUCAGAACGAACCGGUCCUGUUAGUUGGAGAGACGGGAACGGGAAAGACCUCUACCAUCCAGUAUCUGGCCAGCCUCGUAGGUCAAAGGUUAAAGGUCAUCAAUAUGAACCAGCAGAGUGACAGCACUGACCUGCUUGGAGGGUUCAAGCCCGUUGACCUUCGUCAGGUCGUUGCGCCGGUCAGAGAGGCAUUUGAGGGUGCUUUCCGUGCCACUUUCUCAGUGAAGCAGAACACCAAGUUCUUGGGUCAUAUCCAGAAGUGCUUCACGCAGCGUCAGUGGAGGGAGCUCGUUCAGCUGAUGAUACACAGUCAACAGGCCGCCCUCAAGAGGGAAGGAGGGGUGUCUGAAACCUUGGCUGUGAAAGGUCAGUGGAGGUCACUGGGUGAAAGGUUACACCAGCUUCAACUUCAAAUACAGCACUCUGAGAAUACCUUGGCAUUUUCUUUUGUUGAAGGUACCCUGGUGAAAGCACUCAGAAAUGGAGACUGGAUCCUCUUGGAUGAGAUCAACCUUGCAACUGCUGAGACCCUGGAGUGUUUGAGCUGUCUCCUAGAGAGUACCGAGGGGUCGGUGGUCCUCAUGGAAAGAGGGGAUACCAAGCCGAUUGUUAGGCAUAAAGACUUCCGAUUGUUUGCCUGUAUGAACCCUGCCACCGAUGUCGGUAAGAAAGAACUGCCUCCGGGAAUCAGGAACAGGUUUACAGAGCUGUUUGUUGAUGAGCUUGAAGAAGUUCCAGAUCUUAAGAUCUUGACAAAGAGCUACCUUAGACUUCUCUCCAUCACAGAGGCUCAAGUGGAAGGCAUCGUGCAAUUCUACUUGUCCGUAAGGAAGGAAGCCAUUCAGAAACUGACCGACGGCACCGGUCAUCGGCCGCACUACAGCCUCAGGACUCUUUGCCGUGCCCUCAAGCUUGCCUCGACAAAUCACUGUGAUUCAGUGCCGAGGUCACUUUACGAGAGCUUCUGUCUGAGUUUCCUCACCCAACUUGACCGCGCCUCCCACCCCAUAGUGGAGAAGCUUGUUUGCAAGCACGUGAUUGGCAAAUCCAACCUCAAGAGCUUGCUGGGCCAGUCCAUUCCUCCUCCAGCAGGGGGGAACAAGUACAUGAAGCUGGAGGGAUACUGGGUAGCUGUGGGAGAGAAGGAGGGGUACAAACCCAAGGACUAUGUGAUCACGCCGUCGGUGAAGGCCAAUCUGAGAGAUCUUGCAAGGAUAGUAUCAGCAGGGCGAUUUCCAGUCUUGAUCCAGGGUGAAACCUCUGUUGGCAAGACCAGUCUGGUCAACUACCUAGCCCAGCUGACCGGUAACCAUUGCGUAAGGGUCAACAAUCACGAACACACUGACCUCCAGGAAUACGUAGGAUUCUACGCUGCUGAUGAAUCAGGCAAGCUGGUCUUCAAAGAAGGUGUGCUUGUGGAUGCUAUGAGGAAGGGACAUUGGAUCAUCCUAGAUGAGUUGAAUCUGGCUCCUUCGGAUGUCCUAGAAGCUCUCAACAGGCUGCUGGAUGACAAUAGAGAGCUCUUCAUCCCAGAGACACAGGAAGUAGUUGCUGCUCAUCCAAAGUUCAUGCUAUUCGCUACCCAGAAUCCACCUGGGCAAUAUGGCGGCCGUAAGGUGUUAUCUCGAGCAUUCCGGAACCGGUUUGUUGAACUCCACUUUGAUGAGAUCCCAAGUAGGGAACUGGAGACCAUUCUUCAUGACCGCUGUCAGAUCCCAGUCUCGUACUGCCGCAAGAUGGUCGCUACUAUGCUGGAAUUACAGAUGAGACGUAAAGGAUCGGGUGUGUUCGCUGGGAAACAAGGAUUCAUCACUCUCAGGGAUCUGUUCAGGUGGGCGGAACGAUACCGACAUGCUAGCCAGGGUGACCAGGCGUUUUAUGACUGGAACCAACAUAUAGCAGAUGAAGGUUACAUCCUGCUUGCUGGUCGAGUGAGGAGAGAAGAGGAAGCAGAGACGAUCAGAGAGGUUCUAGAGAAAAACAUCAAGAGAGUGGUGAACCCACAACAGCUCUUUACCCUAUCAGAACACACCUCACCGGUCACAAGAAAUAUUCUCGAGAAGGUAACAUCUGCAACCUCCCUUCCUGGCUUCAACCACAUCGUAUGGACCUAUGGAAUGCGUAGACUGGCUGUUCUCGUAGGACAAGCCCUCAAGUUUGGCGAACCAGUGCUUCUCGUCGGUGAAACUGGGUGUGGCAAGACCACCAUAUGCCAGCUGUUUGCUGCCCUCGCUAGUCAGAAGCUCCAUGCAGUCAACUGUCACCUUCACACAGAGACAUCCGACUUCUUGGGAGGGCUACGUCCGGUCAGGCAUCAUAGCGAUGAAACUGAUGAGGAAAGUAAGAAGUUAUUUGAAUGGUGUGACGGUCCGCUGAUCCUGGCCAUGAGGGAAGGAGCCGUCUUCCUCAUCGAUGAGAUCUCCCUGGCUGACGACUCCGUCCUGGAGCGUCUCAACAGCGUGCUGGAGCCCGAGAGAACACUGCUCCUGGCGGAGAAAGGCAGCGGGGAGGAGUGCGGGGAUGAUAUAGCCGUGAUCAAGGCGGAGGAGUCCUUCAGGGUGGUGUCGACCAUGAACCCUGGGGGAGACUUUGGCAAGAAGGAGCUUUCACCGGCUCUGAGGAACAGGUUCACUGAGAUCUGGUGCCCUCAGAACACUCAGCGUGCUGACCUGGUGUCUAUCAUAGAGCACAACCUGUGUGAUGGGGUACAGCUGUGCAACCAAGAGGACGGUUCCAGCGGCAUCGGCAACGCUGUCAUGGACUUUGUGGAAUGGUUUGCCAACAAUGAGGUCGGAAAGAAGUGUACUGUCAGCAUUCGGGACAUCCUCUCAUGGGUGAACUUCAUAAACGUUUGCUGCGACCCUUCCCAUCAUGACCCCAUGACCUCACCUGAUGACCUUUCUCCUCUUGACCCGGCUGUGGCCUACAUCCAUGGCGCCUGCAUGGUCUUUGUGGACGGUCUAGGCUCAGGUACAACCAGCAACUCCUUAGUGCCUCCGACCCAAGCCAGACACACAUGCAUCCGUUGGUUAUCAGAUCAGAUCAAACAACUCACGGACCAAGAGAUUGACCUCUCCAGCCUCCUGGUGACCUCUGACCCGAGUGACCUCAAGGAGGUCAAAGGUCAUGGAGGAGGGAUUGUGUGUGAAGGGAACAAAUUUGGAAUUCAACCUUUCUUCAUUGAAAGAGGGCCAUCGCCAAGAUCACCAGUAGGUUACGCCCUUGAUGCCCCGACCACCGCUCUCAAUGCCCAACGUAUUCUGCGAGCACUGCAGCUGCCCAGAGCUAUCCUCCUUGAAGGGUCCCCAGGGGUAGGGAAGACCAGUCUGGUGUCAGCCCUGGCCAAGGCGUCGGGUCACGAACUUGUGCGGAUUAAUCUAUCAGAGCAGACGGAUAUCACAGACCUGUUUGGAGCUGAUCUACCGGUAGAGGGAGGUGAAGGGGGUCAGUUUGCAUGGAGGGAUGGACCCCUCCUCCAGGCUCUCCGAGCUGGGCAUUGGGUUGUCCUUGAUGAGCUGAACCUGGCCUCCCAGUCAGUACUAGAAGGUCUGAAUGCCUGCCUGGACCACAGGGCAGAGGUCUUUGUUCCCGAGCUGGGCCGAUCCUUCCAGAUCCAGCACGAGAAGACCAGGAUCUUUGCAUGCCAGAACCCGUUGAAGCAGGGAGGGGGCCGGAAGGGACUGCCCAAGUCAUUCCUCAAUAGGUUUACACAGGUAUACAUAGAGCCGUUCACAUCAGGGGAUCUGCUCUUCAUAGUCAGCUCAGUGUAUCCUGUGAUUGACAGAGAUGUACUGUCCAAGAUGGUGGAAUUCAGCAACAGGCUGUACAGGAAGACGAUGAUCGAGGGUCGCUGGGGUCAGAGAGGAGGACCAUGGGAAUUCAACCUCCGUGACCUCUUCAGGUGGUGUGACCUGAUGGUGCAUGACCAAGGGGUCGAAGGUCAGAUGGGGGUCAAAGUUCAGAUGGAUCCGGGUCAGCAUGUGGGUCUGGUCUACGGUGAUAGGAUGAGGACUGCUGAUGAUAAGGAGAAGAUUUACAAGCUGUAUCAUGUAGUCUUCAGAACCAAGGGAGAAGAGUUACCAUCAGAGGCCUAUAGGAGUAGCAGACGAUUCCAUAUCACUCAUUCACAUGUCCAGGUUGGGUAUUCUUUCCUGGCCCGUGAUCCCGCCUGUGAUGUGAACAGCGCCCUCUCCAGGUCACCCCUUCAGCUGCUUCACCAUGACUUGGACACACUGGAAUCUAUCAUGAAAUGCGUCGAGAUGAACUGGAUGUCCAUUCUGGUUGGUCCAAGCUCAAGUGGGAAGACCUCCCUAGUCCAUCUCCUAGCUUCUCUGACAGGUCAUCGGCUCCAGGUCCUGGCCAUGAACAGUGCUAUGGAUACUACAGAACUACUGGGUGGAUUUGAACAGGCCGAUCUGAACCGGCAUUGGGAGAGUUUGUUGGGUAUGAUAAAUGAUGUUGCUAUGGCAACCAUCAGAAGUCUGCUAACCAGUGAUGCAUCCGGAAUCAGAUUGAAAGCAAAGAGAAUCAUGGGAAUCUUGAGUACUCUGAAAUUGCCCGAUGAAGGAAGGGAACAAGAUAGCCUCUUUCCUACUCAGCAGAAACUCAACUUGCUUGACCAACUCUUGGCACAGUUACAGACUUGUUCAGAAACUAUGCAAGGUGGUCCAGAGCUUGCAAUAGUGGUCGAAGCUGCUGAUGCUUUGAAGAGCAAAUGCAAAUUAGAGGACCCUUCCAUUCCUGGUGGGGGAGGCAAGUUUGAGUGGGUAGAUGGACUCUUGGUCCACUCCCUCAAGAAUGGAGACUGGCUCCUCAUCGAUAAUGUCAACUUCUGUAGUCCCUCUGUGUUGGAUCGUCUGAAUGCUUUGCUUGAGCCUGGCGGUGUCCUGACAAUAAACGAGAGAGGGGUCAUAGACGGCCAGAUCCCCGCCAUCGCACCUCAUCCACAAUUCAGAUUGUUCCUGUCUAUGGAUCCACGCCAUGGCGAGAUCUCAAGAGCAAUGAGAAACAGAGGAGUGGAGAUAUACAUGUUAGGAGAGAAUGAGGGUGGGGCAUACAGCGAUCAAGACACAAGGACCCUCCUACACUCCCUGGGCCUGACUUCCGAAGGCACUAUCACCAGCCUCAUCAACAUCCACCAAGAGAUGCGAUCCCAUCUCCAGGGCACCGACUCCGCCCGGUUACCAAGCCUCCUCCUGGCAGCAUCCAUGGUGAUGCAGCUCUCGAGGAAUGGAUCGGGGAUGACGAGGGCGCUAUGGGAGGCAUGCAUGGAGGUAUAUGUCAAUGGGCAGCUCCUCAUCGCUAAUAAACAGAGAGCAAGAGAGGUACUUGAGCGAUGUCUGCAAGGACAAUCUGGUAGCACAGCCGACGAUGCAGACCAAGACUCUCCAAUGGAGAUUGAGGAGCACUCUCUUACCAAUUCCCACCUUGCCAAUAGUGAAGGAUUAGAAGACAAGGAUUACAAGGAUGAUGGUGAUGACGACGACGAUGAUGAUGAUGUGGAGGAUCAUGUCAUCAAGGCCUACCCUCUAACCGAUGCAAAGAACCUAAGCACCAACCCGAUGCUGGUGACCAUCCAGCGACAGGGAGCUGUGUUGCAUCAUCUCCUUACAGAACUACAAAGCUCAGACAGAGCCACAUCAACAGAAAUGCUCUUGAAAGCUGCUCUCCUUAUUGUCCUGGAGAAAGCCAGCCUUGGGGACUGUAAGCUGCGCUGUGAUUGGUUGAAGUCUCUUGCAUGCCCAGGAAAGGUGCUAGACAUUGGAUCAUUGGCUGAAGGUGUCCUUCACAGCUUGAUGAAUCAUCCAAUCAUGGAGCAGAUUGAGAAGGAGAUGAAGGAGCUGUGUUCUGGUCACCAGAUGAAGGAAUUCUUGAUCAACUCUCCCCUUGAUAUUCUCUGGAACGAGCAGUUACACAGACUGUUUAAUGUUCACCUCCAGAGGGCAGUAUCAGCUCAAGAAGAGAGCAUGGAAGAUGACGGGCCGAAUCCGAUGGAAAGAAUCCAAUCCCUAGCUAGAAGAUUAUUUGUGUUCCUGAGAAGAGCAUUGUCCGAAUCUUGCCUUUCCCAUCAAACCACCCAAGAGCCAAAGAGCAAGAAGAAGAGGAAGCCAUCAACAGUCCUUCAACUCUCUCAGGCGUUUGAAAAAGGUCGUCUUAGUAGUGAAGCGUUACCUCAUCAGUCUGUGGCUCAUGUUGGUCCAUUCUUCCAGUCCUGGGACCAGUUCUUCUCAGAGAGGCUCGCAUUUGAUGGACCUCUGGCAGAGGACCAGGCCUUUCAGAUUCUUGUGGCCUGUGGUUGGAGGGAUAGGUUAUGGCAGCUAUGUACUCAACCAAUCACAGUUGGCGAUAGAUUCUCUUUUGGUCAGCUAGCACUCCACUGGGACUGGUUCUUGAAAGAAACUGUCCAAGUAGUCAAGUCAACUCUAUAUGACUCCUCAAGCUUACCAGCUGCACUUCACACCAUCAUGAAAUGCCUGCAUGCCUCGCUGACCCAAACUGACGCUACCUCCACCAUGACCCUCGACCUCGGCCAGUGGGAGGAGCUAUGCAGACUCCUCGGCCAGCCACUCCCCUUCCGGACGGCCCACGUCGCAGAGACCAGCCAACGCGUCUCCAGGCUCUGCCAGUCGUUGAACGUAAUCAGGCAGGUCAGAGGGAAGGUGAUCGGGAGGCAGCGGGAUGCUGAUCGUUGCAUCGCCUUCAUGUCGAGCAGUCGUGGACCGUUCACGUGUAGAUUGCUCGAAGACAGCCUCAUGAAGGUUCUCGUUCUACAGGACCAGUCUGAAUUCGCAGCUGAAGCAGUUGGCCCCAUUGAGUACAACCUGAUCCGGGAGGGCCUCCUUCCCCCCAAUCCCACCCUCUAUCCCGAGGACCAUGAUUUCACCCCCGAUGAGAGAAAUGGUAUAGUCCAAGAUGCUCAUGAGAUGACUGUUUGGUUAUGGCCCAUGAAGGAGCACUUGGCCAUUACCACUUCUCAGCGGGUGGUUGCCGAGUUGAUGUCUGAAAGCUUCAAGCAGGUGGGCCUCCAGAGCAACAACGAGAACCAACUGAGAGAAGUGGAAUCCUUGUACGAGUUCACCCGCUUCCAAGUUCCCUUCAACCCUUUCCACCUCUAUCCCCUCAACUCGGUCCUCCUGCACCCCCAUAGCAAGAUUGGAUCAGUCCAAGGUCACACUGGGGUCAUCGCUGAGGUAGCAGCAGCCCAUCUCACCCACGUGCAGUCCAACACUGUAGUGGCAGAAAUGGAGAGGUGGUUGUCAUGGAAACCACGUGAGGGAGAUGAGGAGGAGAUGCAGAUUUGUGGAAUGGAAGACGGCAGUUCAAUUAUGGGUCCCGCCAACCUCUACACUCCUGUCCAAACCAGGUGUAUGUUCCGCUUACUCUCCGAUCACCACAACCAUAGCCAACCCUCUACCACCACACCUCGUGCUGAGAGAAAGCAGAGAGAUGGGGCGGAGCAAGUGCAGGAGGGGGGCAAGAGUGUACCCCUGGCUUCCUGGGAGGCACAUCAAUCACACCUCCAGGAGAUCACGCAGGUUCUGUGGAGAAACUCUGGAUGGAUGAGCAGCAGGGGACAUGACUUCAUGGCAUCUGGUGUAUUGUAUCUUGUCACAAGCGCUGCCUGGCUUCUGAGAGCUUUCUCCUCGUUACUUCCUGAUGAGGGAGACAAAACAAGAUGGCUGGCAGCCUGCUCAAACCUUGUCAUCAUGGCAACAACUACAACCAGGCCCUCUCCCUCCCCAGGGAGUCAGUCACCCAUUGAGAGCCUUGGGGAGAUCUUGAAGUGCAACAGUGGGCGGAGCCAGACAGACAGUGAGGCACUGCCAUUGGUCAGGGAUGAAAGGGGUGGAGCUUUGAGAGUGAUUGACAAUGUAGGUAGCCUUGUGGAAAGCCUUCUUCAGGAUCUGGGGAUGCUCUUGAACAGAUGGAUGGGAAGAGAUGCAGCAGAUACUGUAAUGCCUGACACCUUUACAAUGGAACUGAAUGCCUUGGGUACCUGUUGGAUACACUUGGGUCAUCUUCAAGCUGUGCUCUUAGCCCCACAGGGACCGGUAGACCCAGCAGAGCACCAUGCUAUCAGGUUGAUAUAUGUCAAGGAAGAGAUUAUUGAAUUAGAAGCUGAACUGAAAGUCAGGGGAAUGUCAUCCAAGUUCCUGACGGGGAAGUCCCUGUUUGAGUUUAGCCACCAAGAGGUCCAUCCUCGCAUCCAUGCCUUGAUCGAGAGGCUUGCUGCUUUGAAGGAGAUGGAGGUGGAGCUUUCCAAGAGGAAUGCUUUCAGACCACACGCACCUCAGUUUGAUGACAUCAUCAAAGAUGUCCAGGUGUACCUGACAACCAGCGGCUCAUCGCAAACAAUCAAGGACCUGCUGCAAAAGCACAUAGACAUCCUCCACAAGCCGGACGAAGACACAUCCAUGCUGAGAGACCGGCUUGCUGCUUGGCAGGCAUCCCAGGACCACUUCAUGGACCGCAUCAGGGGCGAGUACCCUUCCUACCGGGACCUCUGGUCCGGUAUGUUGACGGGCGUGGCUGGUCUUUCCUACGGGAUGCAGCUAGUUGCCCACUCGGUUCAGUGCCAGCAUCACAGACAGCAUCUCCAGUUGGCUGUGCUGCCAAGGCAACCAGAACAAAUCACAUCGGCAGAGGAGUUGGUGGUCUCCAUUGCCGGUUUUUCAUCUGUCCAGCCAGAGUUUUCUAACUGGCUGUCCGUGGCUGAGAGGCUGACCACAGUGAACGUCCACUCCCUCCUACAGAAGAUGUGGUCAAGGUGGUCAGUUGGUCAAGCCAAACAGGAGCAGCUAAUGCACAGUAUCCUAAAGCUUGCUCUCCACCACACCACGAACCAUGCCUCCCUCCAUGGCCAGCUCACCCCUGUGACCCUUGACCUCUUGCAUGGCAUUAUGGGAUCUUUUGUGUCUCAUUACCAUCGGGCCGAGGAAGCUGCCAGACAACGGGAGGAAGAGGAGGCUAGUUUGUAUAAAUACAAGAGUCGUAGCCAUGGCGAUGGAAUGACAGAUGAGCAGAUGGAGGAAAAGGAACUUAGAGAGAGUUUUCCGUCUUUUGAAAAGGAGUUUGCAGACAUCACAGCCGAGCCCAGCCUAGAUGACCAGCCCAAGCCUGAAGAUGACACUGCGACCUCUGACCCUGACCCAACAUCCACCAGGCAGCUGGACAUGCCCACCAUGCGACUCUUGCGGGACACUCAUUGUCGGAUGUUUGCAGGGAUGGUCAAUGUUCCGUGGAUAUGGUCAGGGGGUCAAGGGUCAAACAGUGAUGUGGAUGUGAAGAAUGUGGCCAAGCUGGGCUAUGCCACUGCUGUAGAACUUGCCCAUGAAGUUCUGCCCUACAUGGCUCCUCGCCUUGACAAACACUUGAUCGGUGCUCAUCUAGUCAGAGUUCAUGACCUCCAAGUCGCCAUAGCAACAGAGCAAUCUGACGAGAAAUCCAAACCCAUCAAAAAGGCUGAAGAUGCUUCCAAGCCAUACGACAUCUACCACGACCCCAACAUUCCGGAAACAGUUCGGUGUAAACCGGUUCUGGAUGACUUUAUGGAGAGAAUAAAGGGUCUUCUUGCUGAAUGGCCAGAACACCCAACUCUAAAGCAGCUAACUAUGCUGAUAGAGAGAAUCCAGUCUUUCAGUGUGGACAGUCCUCUCAUGAAGUUUGUGACAGGGUUGGAGCUACUGCUCUCAAAAUCACAGGAAUGGGAGUCAAAUGCAAGCAAGGCUGUCUCAAUUCAGACCAACCUUGAAGAGAUCACACAGACUAUCAUCAGAUGGAGGAAACUAGAAUUAAACUGCUGGGUAGCAAUGCUCGACAAUGUGACCUUCACACAGGCAGAGGGCUCCCUCAAGUGGUGGUUCCACGUGUAUCGCCUCAUCCAGACAUACAUCGCCCAAUCUCAAGCUGACAUCCAUACACAGAAUCCCAGCAGUGGGACUGAGGAUGUAAACCUCACACAGAAACCAAUAAGUGGGGCUGAAGUUGAAAUUGGUGGUCAUGAUGAAGGAGAAGAGGAAGAUGGGACAACUAUCCGUGGAAUCGUUGGUAUCCUGCAGAAGCUGAUAGAGGGCGCCAGUCUUGGAGAGUUUGCCGCAAGGCUCGAAAUGCUUCGUGCAUUCCAUUCUCAGGUUGUUGCCUCGAUGCAUUCCACCGAGGAGACGUCAGAAUUGUCCUGUAUCCUGUGGAACAUGUACUGCUACUACAGACAAUUCUUAACGGCCGUUUCCAUGGAAAUUGAGAAUAAAAGGAAUCCAAUUGAGAAAGAGUUGAAGGACUUUGUUAAGAUUGCCAAAUGGAAUGAUAUAAGUUUCUGGGCAAUGAAACAAGCCGUGGAGAAAACUCACAAGACCCUCAUCAAGUUCAAGAAGAAGUAUGAGGUCUGCCUUCAAGGUCCAGCGAAGGCUGUCUUUGCUGAUGAGAAGAUAGAGCAAAACAAGCAGAAAGAUGAGACCAGGGCCAAAGAUAUCGCCUGGAAGGAUGAAUGGAAAAUAAUCUUUGAUGAUAGCAAAUACCAGGUAUAUUUUCCACCUUCACUACCGACGACCCCUCUAGAUGGCGGUCUCGUUGCUAGGAUACCGGUCCUGUUUGAGAGAAUGAGGAAGCAUUGCUCGUCUGUAUUGACCAAGAGGAACUACUCCGUGAUGUCUGAGACUCUGGAUGACUUCGUUGGCGAGAUUAUCACGUCUCUCCGGGAACUCCAGGCUCUUGAGGUUACCAAGGAUGCAGAACCAGAGAAGCAGAAAUCAGAGAUCAGGCAUAUUCAUCAGAGGAAAAGAAAAGCCUUGUCUGAACUCUUCAAAUAUCUAACAUCAAUAGGACUGUCCUACAAGAAGGGGUUACUUCGGCUCAAUCAGACUGAGAAGAAUCAACCAGAAAGCUUCCUAUUCUUGCCUCCAGUUGACCUUCAGGCAACCUUCAAGUCAUGUGAUUCAUCACCUGAUCAGUGGCCUGUGUCUACGUCACACAUUUCUGAGACAUGGCCAGGUUGUCAUGAGUACUUCUUCAGAUGUCAGGCUCGAAGGGCAGCCCUCAGAGAUGCUGUAGCUAACCCAUCUAAGGAGCUUGGUGUGGGGAACAUUGAGAGAGUGAAAGGAUUCACUGAACAUCUUUCCGAACUGAUGCUUGACCAGAGAAGAGACGUGGCUACCAUGGCAACGGGCAUCUCCCAACUGAGGAACAUCUUGACCGAGAUGGAACAUCUUCCUAAAAACUCUUCCUCGGCCAAACCAGAACACGCCUGUCACCUCCCACCUCAAGAGCAAUCAGCAGCAUGGAUUGCCAGGUCAAAGGUCACCAUUGACCAUUUACUACAAGCCAUUCUCCAGUUCUCCACCAUCUUAGACUGCUGCCCAGAGAGAGACGAGGUUGAUGGCGACUCCAAGACCAAGAUCUUGAGUCCAGUUCCAGAGGAGAGUUUGACCAAGGCUGAUCGGUGCUUCAAGGGUGAUCAAGUGUGGCUGGAAAUCAAGACCAAUAUCAAGGUCAGAAGAUAA